UCUUUAGCCUUACCCCCCCGCCAAUUCCAUUCGAUCUCUAUAAACUGUUUCAUCACUCUUUCAAUUUCCUUUCUUUUCUUCAUUUUUAAUUUCUAUUUUGAAACCCUAAUUACCCCUUCAUAAUCUUCUACUUGAUUAUAACUAACUCGUUUUCUUCUUCUUUUAAUUUGCAGGUUAUGUCUGUGACCGGGGAACUCAUUCCAAGCACUGUUUUCAUGAUACACAGUUUGGAAGAACUUUAGGAUUUUAUUUUGAUUGGACCAUUUGGGGUUUGGGUUUGUAAUGGCCAGUCAUAAUGUGAUUCUGAGGCAAAGUCAUGAUUUAUCAUUUGGGGCAAAUCAAAAUUUAGGACUGGGGCACAAUCAACAUGUGGCCCAUGAUCAGGAUUUGGAUUUAGCACAUUCCCAUGACAAUGAGCUUGAUAUAGUGCAGGACCAUGAUCAUGGACUAGCUCUUGGACAGAUACACGAAGAUGAAAUGGCUGCUAGACAUGAACAUAUUAAGAAUCUUCAAGCCAAUGAUUUAGUGCAGGACCAUGAUCAUGGGCUAGCUCUUGGACAGAUACACAAGGAUGAAAUGGCUGCUAGACAUGAACAUAUUAAGAAUCUUCAAGCCAAUGAUUUAGUGCAGGACCAUGAUCAUGGACUAGCUCUUGGACAGAUACACGAGGAUGAAAUGGCUGCUAGACAUGAACAUAUUAAGAAUCAUCAAGCCAAUGAUUUAGACUUGGAAGGAAGUAAUAAUUUUGAACCUGAUCGAGAUCACAUUGAUGAUGUUAAUGAACAUGAUGAUAGACUUUCUAUCACUGUUGAGACACAUGAACUGGGUUUAUCCGAUAAUCAUGAAUUGGCUGUUGUAGAGAACCAUGAUUUUCAUGAAAACUUAGGUUUAUCUGAGGAGCAGCUUCAGGAGAUGAAUAUUGUUUCAGCAUCAGAUGUUGAUCUUCAUCACUCCCAGCUGAUAGUUAGUGAGCCUAUCUCUCAGUCUCGAGCCCUAGUUGUGGCCCCUAAUUACGAACUUGCUGUUGGGCAGGAGUUUCCUGAUGUCCUGAGUUGUCGGAGGGCAUUGAGAGAUGCAGCUAUUGCUCUUCGGUUUGAAAUGCAGACAGUUAAAUCUGACAAGACUCGUUUCACUGCUAAAUGUGCAAGUGAAGGAUGCCCUUGGAGAAUUCAUGCUGCAAAGCUUCCCGGUGUUCCGACCUUCACAAUUAGGACCAUCCAUGAAGAACAUAAUUGUGGUGGAGUUGCUCAUCUUGGUCAUCAGCAAGCCUCAGUUCAGUGGGUUGCAGAUUCUGUGGAACAACGUUUGAGGGAAAAUCCAGAAUGUAAACCAAAGGAGAUACUGGAAGAGAUUCACCGAGUUCAUGGGAUCACUUUAUCGUACAAGCAAGCGUGGAGGGGAAAGGAACGGUUCAUGGCUGCUCUUCGUGGAUCCUUUGAGGAAGAUUAUCGCUUACUGCCUCAAUAUUGUGACCAGAUUAGAAGGACGAAUCCAGGAAGCAUUGCAAUGGUUUAUGGAAAUCCUGCUGAUAACUGCUUUCACCGCCUCUUUAUCUCAUUUCAAGCUUCUAUAUAUGGAUUUCUGAAUGCAUGCCGGCCUCUAAUAGGACUUGAUCGAACUCAUUUGAAAAGCAAGUACCUUGGUACUGUACUUUUUGCUACUGGCUUUGAUGGAGAUGGUGCUACAUUCCCAUUAGCUUUUGGGGUGGUUGAUGAGGAGAAUGAUGAUAAUUGGAUGUGGUUUCUGUCCGAGCUGCACGUCCUCCUUGAGAUAAAUGUGGAAAACAUGCCGAGGCUUACAAUUUUAUCUGAUCGACAAAAGAGUAUUGUAGAUGGAGUGGAAGCGAACUUCCCAGCUGCUUUUCAUGGGUUCUGCCUGAAUUUCCUUAGUGACAGUUUUCAGAAAGAAUUUAACGAUUCUAUGCUCAUCAAUCUUCUUUGGGAGGCUGCCUAUGCCUUUACGGUAAUGGAGUUUGAAGCAAAAAUUAUUGAGAUUGAAGACAUUUCACAGGAAGCUGCCUACUGGAUUAGAAGAGUCCCCCCUUACUUGUGGGCCACAGCUUAUUUCAAGGGAACAAGGCUUGGACAUAUGACUUCUAAUGCAGUUGAGUCAUUAAAUUCUUGGAUACUUGAAGCCUCUGGGCUUCCAAUUAUUCAAAUGAUGGAGUGUGUCCGACGACAGCUGAUGACUUGGUUCAAUGAACGUCGUGAAUUGAGUAUGCAGUGGACAGGAACACUAGUUCCAUCUGCUGAAAAGCUUGUUUCAGAUGCAAUUGAGCGUGCUAAUUCUUGUCAUGUCAUUAAAGAAGAUGAUGCUAAAUUUGAAGUUUUAUCCCUUGAAGGAGAGCAUGUUGUGGACAUCCGCACCCGCUGCUGUACUUGUUGUGGAUGGCAGCUCUCUGGGCUGCCUUGUGCUCAUGCUGUAGCUGCACUUCUCUCUUGUAGGCAGAAUGUUCAUCGCUUCACUGAAAGCUUUUUCACUGUGGCGAAUUAUCGCAAGGCAUACUCACAGACAAUACACCCGAUUCCAGAUAAAACCCUUUGGAAAGAAACGCCAAUGGAGUUGGAAUCGCUGAAUGGAGGUGAUAUUUUAGAGGCCAAGGUUAUUAUAAACCCGCCAAAGUCGCUGAAGCCACCUGCACAGCCAAGGAAAAAGCGGAUUCGCACAGAAGAUGCUGGUCGGAUGAAACGUGUUGUGCAUUGCAGCCGCUGUAAUCAGGCCGGCCAUUUUCGGUCGACAUGUACAGCGCCUAUAUAAUGUGCAGAACAUACGCGGUCUUCAAUAUAUUUUUUUUUCAUUUGAUCAUUUUUUCUUUUUUAAUUUUUUUUAUAGGCAACUUAACAUUUAUACAAUUUACGCACCGUUUUACAGAUGUUCAUGAAAUUGUUUCAGGUUUUAAGUUCUAGCUCAUUUGCUGCCUUCUAAUGGGCUUUUUUGACUCAUUGUUUGAUAGAAUGAAAUAUAUAAACGACGUUUCUAGGGAGGAGUUUUUGUGUUGUAAAUCACAAUCACAUCACAGGUCUCAUACGCCAUUAUGGUCUUA